CACUGACAAACUUUCUCAUGUCAGUUGAGAAGACCUCGAAACUUUCUUGCGCUUUUAAAUUCUUGUUUUUCUAGUUUUCCUGACUUUGAAUAAUCGUUUGGCGUAGCUAGUUCCUUAAUAGUCAUAGAGUUUAAGUAAAAAAAAUGUGUGGGCGGUGUCGUUUAGUGCUGUUUUAUUAGUGAAAAAGUUGGUAUGAUGGUGCCUCAACAACAGAGGCGGAGACGUCGUAGAGCAGCUUUAUCUAGGACUGCGGAGCGGCGUGUAGUGGUCGUAAGGGGUGCUGGUGGGUUUGGGUUCACUAUAGCUGGGCAAAGGCCCUGUGUUGUGUCUGCUGUGGCUGCGAAUGGGCCAGCGGAGCGUGCGGGAUUACGCGCUGGAGACGCGCUGUUAGCCGUCGAUGGAGCGAGUGUUGCUAGAGCUCCUCACGCCUCAGUAGCACGGUUAGUCGCAGCAGCCCCUGGGCCGAUAGCGUUGAGCGUGGCGCCACGAGAAUCUCCACCAACCGAUACGGAAGACACAGAGCCAGAAGAGAGAGCUAGGACGCGCAGGAGAUACCCGCCGCCUCGUCGGAGGCCUCACCCAGCUAUGCUACAUCAUCCAGGUUGUCAUGCAGCUCCAAGCACGUCUGGUGUCAAUGAGAUACUGCAAAACCUGAGUCGAGCUCAACUCACGCCAAAUCACUUGGCACGUCUUGAAUGUCGCGCGGUAGUCGGAUACCUAGGAACCAUAGAAACACCCCAAGCAUCACCAAACGCCGCCCCGGGCAAUGUUAGAAAUGCUGUACGAAAAUUAAGGCAAGAAAGAAGAACUGCUGCACCAGUUUUGCUCUCUGUACUUCCUAAUGCACUGCUUCUACGUCGCCCAAAUGCCCAAAUACUUGCUCAAUAUCAAAGGGAGAGGAUAUUAUAUGCUGGGUGUGGUUCAGAUGCUGAUAGAAGAUUUUUUGGACUCGUAACAGCUGCUGAAAUUACUGAUCUAGAAGCAGAGGCGUCCCAUAGUUGUCAUGUAUUUGCUGUCGACCCAAGAAUGGCAGAGCAUGAUGUCCAUAUUACAAGGGCGAGAGAGUUCCAAAUUGCUUGCACUCGAGACCCAGUAGCAGAAAGAUGUCUAGAGUUCCCACCCUCUGCUGAAUAUGUCGUAGGUGUCGUAAGGGGUAUGUAUUCAUUACCACCAGAUGACUGUUCCAGUCCUACUAUACAGCAGAUAUCAAAAUUAGUCAAAAAUGAUAGUCCAGUGUUGGGAAACUUUUCGCGGAGACCUGUGAUGAGAACACCAAGAGAUCGUCGUCCAUGUAGACACGAAGAAGUAAGGGUAGAUCCACCAGAUUUUAUCGCCAAUUCACCACAACCAAGUAAUCACAGUGAAGUGACAACUACGUCCAGCAACAGUGACUCAGGUAUCGGUUUUCAUAACGACUGCCGAAAUAUUGCUGAUAGGAUACUCGUCGUGGAUUUCGCUGGCCAGCAACCAGCUCCGAGUCGGUUCCGUCAAGAAAUACCAAGAAGACCUAUGGGUUUAGUCGGUUGCAGCAGCUUUGAUGCUGAUGGAUCAUUUCUGUCCAAUACAACACCAGUUGUGGACGGAUUCGGAGGACAAGGUAGACCAUUGAAUUUAGAUGACGUAAUCCUCAAUGCAAACGAACUACCCCGUCACGUAAACUUAAGAAGCGAAGAAGACACGUACAACUAUAACAAUGUGUAUGGAAACCUUCCGUCUAGUUCCAGAAGUUUUAAUGGAGCCGUUUACGACCAGGUUUACACAGAAAAUGAGGGGCAUUACGAAUUUAUUCCAUCCCAAUUGGAAAUGGAUGAGAUAGACAGAGUAGCGGAAACUUUUAACUCGGUAGAAAUAUACGAGGAGAGACAGCGUCGUUUCGAUUACCAGUCAAACGAGUCAGUAGAAAAUGUCACCGUUAUAUCUGGUACAAGUAAAGCGAGUGUAGAUUCUGUAUCUGUGUACUCAUCUCGGAGUCAUGAGGAAGCCAGGCCAUCUCGAAGGAGGCAUUUGCAGGCUUCGUUAGAUGAUAUGCUGGUGAUAGGUCGUAGAGAUCCACCGCCUUCUGAGGAUAAAGAUGAUGAUAAAUUUUUACAUCCCGCUGCUGUUAAAUGCAAAGUCCGCAAGUCACGGCCGUUGAACAUUCUGUCCAAAACCAAGUAUAUUCUUACGGGGAAAGCCGAGAGGGAGAAGAAGGAGAGAGAAGAGACGUCGGAGAGACGUAGAGCAAUCAGCGCCAGUGCGGGGGACGUAUCAGGGACGGGGGAAGGCUUAGCAACGGAGGGAUUGCCACUUGCAGCCAGCGAGCCUGAUCUGAGAGACUCACAGAGCGAACAGACGUCGCCGUUCCGACGCUGGACGACGGGCAGCGGCUCCGGCUCCUCGUACCGCCAUCACGACCACCGCGGCAUCUAUAGCAAGCAAAUGAGCGAAGGCACGGCGCCUUUGCCACAGAACAACAACGGCAGCUGUGGAGGGGUGGCGCGGUGGUCGCUCGGGCUGGAGCAGCUGCUGGCCGACCCUGCUGGCGCGGCCGCCUUCGCGCACUUCCUCGCUAAGGAGUUUGCUGCUGAGAACAUUAGAUUCUGGUGGCAAUGCGAGCAGUACCGGAACUGCGAGGAGGAUGAGAGGAGAUCGUCUCUGGCGGCGGAGAUCUGGCAGACGCACCUCGCGGAGGGCGCCUCGGAGCCUGUCAACGUGGAUGCUGCUGCCAGACGCGCGGCUGCGCUGAGGCUAAACCAGACUCCACCACCACAGGAUCUCUUUCUCCAGGCACAGAAGCAGAUCUUCAACGUGAUGAAGUUUGACAGCUACCCACGCUUCUUACGUUCCGGAGUACACGCAGAAUGUGCGCGCGCAGAUUUACGCGGAUUGCCGCCUCCCUACGCGCCGCACUCGCCACACCCUGAUACCCCUAAGUUAAAGAAGUCAUCAUCGAAUGCUUCAGACAGACGUCGAAGCGGCGCUUCUCUGUUGCCGUGGAAAGCGCGCACCGCGUCUCGGGACAGAGCCAACUCGGCUGCCUCUACCAACUCCACCGCUGAAGAAAACGAAGCGGUGAAAUCGAGUCAGGUAGCGAACGGGCAAUGUCUAUGGUCGGGCAACUCAGCGUUGUGUCGUGUCGUGUUGCCGGACGGCGCGACAUCGGUCGUGGGCGUGUCGCCCGACGUCACCGUGCGGCGGCUGGUCGACCGCCUGCUGCAGCGACGGAACCUGGUGUGCACCACCUAUGACGUCAUCGUGAAGGAUGCCCCUCAGGGUACAGGUCGCGUGGUCGACGUGAACGCGGCAUCCACCACCGUGGGGGGUCGUUGUUUGGCGGUGGAGAGACGCUGCGUGGUGCGCGUGCUGGUGGCGGGGCGCGCGGUGGCGGUCCGCUGCCGGCCCGCGCGGCGACUGAGGCACGUGCUGAGACCCGUGCUGCAGCGAUACUGCCCCCCGCUCAUCUCACACCACGCCGUGCUACUUGGCUCUACUCCGUUACACCCUGACACUCUUGUUCAGGAACUAGACGGUGCCCGUAUCCAAGUGGUGGAAGUUUCCAAUACAGUGGGCGUGCCGAGCUCCGCCGUCCUUGUCACUCCGGAGCCGAAGGAGAGAGACGACGAUACUGACUCCUUGAGCGACGUAGCCUUGAGGAUACAGGAUGAAAAUAAUGAGGAUGCACAGAGCGCGAGUCGGAGUAGCGUGUCCAGUACAUCAAGUAUUCCCGGGGACGGGGGGCAGAGCGCCCGCGUGCGCGCAGCGCUGCGCCCCGGACACCCGCUGCAUCACCACCCGCCGGAUUUUCUGGACAACCUCCGGGAAACACAAAGACAGAGGUUGCAGCCGCGUACCCCUCCCCCGCUGCCGCCCAAACCGCCACAGCGAUCCGCGCCGACCGUCGUUUGAACAUACCAUUAUGAGCCUUAUGGGCAUGGCAUUAAGACACAGUAUCGCUCGUUGGGACGGACGUCACUUAUGCAGAAUAUCGUUUUAACGAUUUCUGAACGCAAAGGAAUAUAAGCCUUAUAAUCAUGGUAUUAAGAUAUCGAUUGUAUAUAUGAGCGUUACAGCUAUGGUAAAUCUAACAAGAAUAUCAUUUGAAGGAUCUGCGCAUACCGUCGUCUGAAUAGAAGCCUUAUGCACAUGGCAUUAAGACACAAUAUCCCUUGUAUGGGCAGACAAAAUCCCAUAAAGAAUACUAUAAUAUGUAUGAGUCAUUGUAGCCCAUACUAUGUCUAAGAGAACGAAACAGUUCAUCUAAUAUUAUAUGCGAUUUUAAGACGAUUAUUUGGUCAUACUAUGCGUUUCAAACGAGAAGACCAUUAUGUUUAUUUAAACAAUUAAUGUCAACUUCUGUAUGGUUUUCUAGUUUAUGAACUUUAAACAGUGCACUAUAGGAUAAGGUUGUAUUGUUAUACAAAAUGUAAAAAUAAUGUUAUAGCAAUCUCAAUCAUUUGUACAAAAGUUCCAUUAUCUUUAAGAUUUAAUUAAAGUUUAACUUACCAGUGAUUCAUGUGGAUAAUAAUUACUGAUUAAUUUGAUUAUUAUUAUUAUUUUGUACUGGUCAACUCAACAUUACUACCCAUAUUAAAAAUGCGAAAGAGUAUGUUUGUUAAUUUGUCCUUCAAUCAUUGCUGCAAUAGAGCAAUGGAUCGAUGUGAUUUUUUGCAUGGAUACAGUAAAAGAUCUAUUUAAAGUAGCAUAGGCUAUUAUUUAUACUGAAAAAUAAAAUUUUAAAAAAUUAGUUGUAUAGAAUUGCAUAUUUUGUAUCACACGUAUCUAUCAUACAAUAUCGAAUUCCCUUCCAAACUGUACUAUAGAUCUAACUAAUAAUGUACAAAUUAUAUUAGAGGAAAUGAAGUAGGUAUAUGAAUAAUUUCAAUACAAAAUUGUCUUAAAAUAAUAAAUAUUUUUUGGAAAAUUACUUAGUUGAUAAUAUUGUCUUCUUUUUAUUACAUUGUAGGCUGAUUCUUCAAUUGCCAAUUAACUGAGGAAAUGACUGACUUUACUAUUAACUGAGGAAUUCGACGUUUCGACAGAGUUCCAAUAUAAAAAUGUAUUUUUUUUUUUAACAUUAUUUGGUGAUUGAAAUACUGGUCUUUAAAAUCUUAUCUGUGGUCACAUUUUAACUUACGGUCAUCUCAUUGGUCAGUUUUAAAAUUUUGUAAACUUGUAUUGAAAUUAUUUUACUUUUGUAUUGAUUUGAUACAUAGCCAUUUGUAAAUAUUAUUAUGAAGAAAGAUCUUUUAUAAUUGUAACUAUAAAGUAUAAAUAUAUAGAUAAAAUAGUUCACUUUGGUUGUUACUAAUUUUGUACGUCUGUAUGUGGAUAUCAUACUAAGUAUGAAGGCAACUAUAUAAAUAUAUGAAACGUGUAUGUGAAAUAUAAUUUAUUGUAAUAUAAAGUCAGUAUAUUUGGUUACAUGAAGCUCAGAGUAAUUUGGUUAUAUGCAAUAAAAUCUUGUAUAACAUU